CCGUGAGGCUCAGCCAGUAGAUGAACAUAAUGUCUGGUGCACUUUUGAGAACGGCCCUUCCGUUGGGGCUACUUUCGGCGCAGAGGACUGUGCCGGGCACGAGCUGUUUCCGUUUGUUCUGUAACCAUCGGUCACCGGGCGUUGCACCGGCUAGUUCCGGCGAUCCGAAACAAGAUGCGCAAACAGUGCGGGUACGUUUCGCACCCAGUCCCACAGGAUUAAUGCACCUCGGUGGUCUACGGACGGCAUUGUACAACUAUCUCUAUGCGAAAGCACACGGCGGUCAGUUUGUGCUGCGCAUCGAAGACACUGACCGGGAGCGGUUCGUUAAGGGUGCGACAGAGAAGCUGUACGCCGAUCUGAAAUGGGCCGGCGUCGAGCCGGACGAAGAUCCCUUCAAGGGUGGCCCGUACGGUCCGUACACACAAAGCCAGCGCUAUGACAUCUACAAGCGCGAGGUGAAGAAGUUGAUGGAAGAUGGGCGCGCUUACUACUGCUUCUGCACCGAGCGGCGCUUGGAGCUGCUGCGAAAGGAGGCGCUACGCUUGCGACAAGUUCCAAAAUACGACAAUAAGUGUCGCCACCUAACACCCGGCCAGGUUGCCGAGCGUCUGGCGAAGAAUGAUAAAUUCUGCAUACGCUUCCAGCUGCACUCGAAGGGCGACGAGUUUAAUGAUCUCAUCUUUGGCAAGAUCGUGUACUUUAUCGCCCAACAGGAGGGCGAUCCGGUGAUUAUCAAGUCGGACGGCUAUCCAACGUACCACUUUGCCAAUGUGGUCGACGAUCACUACAUGCGCAUCACACACGUGCUGCGCGGUGUGGAAUGGCAGAUUUCAACCCCAAAGCACAUUCAACUGUUUCACGCGUUUGGCUGGAGACCACCCCAGUACGCCCACCUGCCGUUAAUUAUGAAUCCGAACGGGACGAAGCUUAGCAAGCGGCAGGGAGACGUACACUUGGAGCAUUAUCGGAAUAAUGGUACGUUUCCUCAAGCCCUAUUAAACUACGUCACACAGAGUGGUGGUGGCUUUGGGCGCGAGCUGCUGGAAAUUGAAGCACCGCAGCUGCCGGAUCUGGUGCGGCUUUUUGAUCUGAGUAAAAUCAACGCAAACUCUAGUCGCCUGAACCCGGAACUGCUGAAACACUUCAAUCGGGCCGAGAUUCGGUACAAGCUAGAGAAUGACAGUGCCGCAGCCGAUCAAAUCGUGCGAGAACUCACGGAAAUGGUACGGAAAGAAUUUCCCAGUCAAGCCAAACAACUGCAGCUCGAUCCUGAGCAUGUGCGGGAAGUGCUGACCUGGUCGCUACCUCGGAUCGACUCACUGAACGAUCUCGUACGAGGCAAACUGUCGUUCCUUUGGGUUCUGCCAAAGCCAUCGAAAGAAAAGCUGAUCGACACCGACAUUUUAGCGCUGCUGGCCAAAAAUCUCUCCACCGAAACCGACGUACCGGACUUCUGCAAAGCGGAGCUGAGCCGCUUCAUCAAGGCAUUUGCGGAGCGCAACCAUCUUGCAUUUGAACAGCUUAUGAAAGCACUCCGAACGGGACUGAGCGGACUACAGGAAGGUCCGUCGGUACCGGAAAUGAUGGAAAUUUUGGGUCGCGAAAAGACCGUGCAGCGGAUUGUGCUAGCCGCCGGAAAGCGAAAAUGAUCGAACCCAACCAGGCGUUCCGAGCGAGCGGCCUGCAAUAUCGAGACAUAAGGAGCGUUCCUACUGAACUGUGGAAUUUAUUUAAGUGUUUUGUUUACAUUUUUGGCUGUAUAAUACACAACGUUAGACAAAGCUGCACUGCUACCGGACGAGUUAGACAAUGUAACAUCAAGCUUGAAAGGAUGAAAUGAUGUUGACAUUUCAAAAUAAACUUUAAGAUGUGGUUUGUU